GCAGUGCAGAGGUAGCAAAGCGACCAGUCGACACGCCGACCGAGCCGAACGAGGCCCAUCACGACUUCCACCACGCGCGGCCUACCCGAGCCCACCACGGAAGCCGAACCCUCUCUCCACCUCGUCGCCGUCCCCAGCUCCGUCCGUCCACCCAUGUCGACCUCUUCGUCGCUGAUCCAAGGCAUCUCCAUCUUGGUCUCCGACGACGACGAGGCCUCCGGGAAGGUGCGCGUGCGCGUCCGCCGCAAGCGCAACCGCCACCCGGUCUCCGCCCGCCGCCGCUUCCUCCGCCGCGCCGCGCGGCUGGGCGGCCCGCUCCUCCUCGCCGCCCUCGCCGUCUCCCUCUUCGCCUAUGAAUACUACCGCCUCUACCCGUUCCGCUCGCCCUCCUCGUCCGCUACGCGGCCGCCGCCGCCUCGGACGCAGGCCGCCGGCAACCUCAGCCGCGUCGACCGCGCUGCCCGCGCCGCCGAUGGCGCCCGGAAGUCAUGCCUGAAGAUGCUCGAUACUGAGAUGCUUCAAAAUCUGGAAUUUCGUGAACCCCGUGAACAAAAUCUGCCAGUCAAGAAAGUUGUGUACAGGUCCAGUCUGCCUCAUCCUGAAGAUAACAUUUCAUCCCAUAUGACGAAUUCACGAUUUAAUUCAUUCACGGGAUAUCAGACCCUUACUGAAAGAGAAGAAAGUUUCAAGCCGAAGGAAACUACAUCGGUUCACUGUGGCUUCUACAGUGAAAAUGGCGGGUUCAGUGUUUCUGAUGUUGAUAAAGAUUACAUGAGAUCUUGCAGAGUUGUUGUGGCCACUUGUGCGUUUGGUGGAGGGGAUGACCUUCACCAGCCUAUAGGCAUGACAGAAGCGUCUGUCAAAAAGGUAUGCUAUGUUGCAUUCUGGGAUGAAGUCACGCGCUCAGCUCAACAGGAGGAAGGUAACAAGAUUGGUGAAGAUCUCAAGAUUGGACUUUGGAGGAUCAUUCUUGUGAGAGAUCUUCCUUUCACAGAUCAACGGCUGAAUGGGAAAAUUCCCAAGCUGAUAAGCCAUCGCCUUUUUCCUAUGGCAAGAUACUCGAUCUGGGUGGACUCGAAAUCCCAGUUCCGGAGGGAUCCACUAGGAGUCAUCGAAGCUCUUCUCUGGCGCUCAAACUCUUCCUUGGCAUUAUCAGAACACGGUGCUAGGAGCAGCUUGUAUGACGAGGGCAAAGCGAUUGUUAAGAAACACAAAGCAACUCCAGAAGAGGUUAAAAUACAGUUGGAUCAGUACCGACAAGACGGCAUUCCAGAUGACAAACGAUUCAACGGGAAAAAAGCCCUCGCGGAAGCUUCAGUUAUUGUGAGGGAUCACGCCCCCUUGACGAACGUCUUCAUGUGCCUCUGGUUCAACGAGGUGGUGAGAUUCACGUCCCGGGAUCAGCUGAGCUUCCCCUACGUGCUGCGGCGCCUCAGGCUCCCCGGCGUCCACCUGUUCCCGGUGUGCGCUCGCAAGGAUCUGGUUAACAGCUUCGGCCAUCGGCGCAAGGUGAAGCCCCUUGCCAAGGAAGGAAGAUGAGCUGCUCUGAAUCUGGUGCUCUGGAUGCUGCCUUGACUGGUGUUUUGGCAAAUGCAUAACCGCAAUCUGCUCAACCAGCACGAGCACCAUGGUUGUUAUUCUACUGAUUUGUGGUGUAGAUGAAGCUGACGUAGUGAGGGGAGCAGUCAUGCAAAGUUGUUAACUGGUAGCAAUGCAGUGCAGGCUGCAGGGGGGAAUGGUUUUGCCUGAUGUUGUUGGAGGCAAAUGUAGAUUGCCAGUUCGCCAUUCCUUGUUGGUAGAAACGAAAUCAAAGAAUUUCGACCACCCCAAGUCAAUGCCUUCUUUUUUUGCGUUUGUGUCCUUUCUAGCACUGUCUUUUUUCUUCUUGAUCCUUACCAUGGACAUUCUUGAUCCUUCUCAUGAAAUUCUUAUGCAGCUUUUUA